CCUCGAAUGGUUGCACCGCCGGCGGCUCCAUUGCCGAAAAAGAAGAAGUAUGCGGAUAAAUGUAUUCACCCAAAGAUUUGCAAUCUCGAGCCAGACGCAGAAAACUACAUGGCAAUCCUGGCCGAAGCUUUGAAACGCCCGAGUAAAGCCAAGAAGCGUCUUCGAAUUUACAUUUCACACACUUUUAUCGAAGAGAGGCAACCGGAGCAGGAUACCGAUGAAGCUUCUCUUCCGAUGUGGGAACUUCGUGUCGAAGGACGACUUCUCGAUGAGCAUGAUUUAUGGAAUGAUAUUCAAACUCUUGAUCAAAAGUGUUAUGAUAUUAUCGAACAGAUCAACGAACUGAAGGCUCGCCGCGAUUUCUACGCAAGAUUCUACACCGAGCCCGCAGAAUUCAUCAAAAGCUGGGUGAUGAGCCAGAAUUCGGACCUGAAGACUAUGAACGAGCUGAGCGGGGAUCUUGAAGCCGAAAGAUUCGCUGGAUCCUACGUGAGACCUGAAACAGAGGAAGGAGUUCAAAGAUACAUGUUCCAAAAGGUGAACCAGAAGCGACAUGAAUUGGAGCAAAUCUUGGUGUUCGAUCAAAUUAAGGCUCCAUUGCCAAAAAAGAAGAAGUAUGUGGACUCAAAACAGGUAAAGAAAAAACAAAUUAUUGCUAAAGAAAACCAGUUAGUAAAACAAUGUAAAAUAUUAAACGAAUAA